CAGUGCAAGACUAACAAAACUAGUAAGAGCUCUAGCUGCUACAUUCCUGACCUAUGGAAGCUUACACAGCAGAACAACCAACCACUCUGUAUCAGAAAAGUACUUUUUGACCCACCCACAGACUUGAGCUAGCUGUAGCGGACACAAUCAAGCAGUACAGAGACCGUUUUCAGUCCCCCACGAAUAAAUUGUACUGAUUUUAUCACAGCUCUCCUUAGAGUCAUCAAGAGCUAAGUAAGACUUUUCCAGUCAUGUCAGCCAAGUUAUUUCAUUACAGUAAAUGGCCUCCAGUGAACUCAGAGAACUCUGUGGUGGUCUUUUCCUAAUGGUCCUUUCUAAAUCUAAUAUUGUUCUCUAUCCCCUAAAUGUUACAUAGACAUGCAAAAGCCUGCACAAGUCUUGACUGUGUUGUUACUAGGAAUACAGUAUGCCCAAUCCUAACAUAAUGUACUCUAACUGCUACAGGUGAUGCUACUAAUAGUUUUGCUGAUGGUUUUGCUGGUGGUUUUGAUGAGCCAGAAAGCCAGAAAGAGGAGAUCCCGGAGGUUGCUGUUAUCUGCAGCUUGGUUGUGUUUACUGAUUCUCUUGGUCUCUCUGAUCAUCCAUGAAAAGGCAGAGAAGAUUUACAAAUCACUGAUGUUCAGAAAUGAUGAAACUCCAGAAGACGAGUGUGACUGCAAGAAAAUUUUACAGGGAGACACUGAUGAGAUGAAAUGCGCUAAGAUUCUGACCAUCACAAAGAGCUUUAAGAACAUAACCCGGAUCACUGAUGAACAAUAUGUCGAGCAGACAAAAGACUGUGAAAAGUUCCGUAGGACUCGUAAGUACCUCCCGUUCCCACUGAGUGAGGAGGAAGAAGCGUUCCCAGUGGCAUAUUCCAUUGUCAUUCACCACAAGGUGCAGAAUUUCGAGAGGCUCCUCAGGUCCAUAUACAGUCCUCAGAAUUUCUACUGCAUCCAUGUGGACAAAAAAGCCCCUGAGUCCUUUAUGAGGGCAAUCAAUGCCAUUGUCUCUUGCAUUGAUAAUGUUUUCUUAGCUAGCAAGUUUGAAGAGGUGGUCUACGCCAGCUGGAGUCGCGUCCAGGCUGACAUCAAUUGCAUGAAGGAUCUUUACCAGGCCAGCAGUCGUUGGAAGUACUUCAUCAACCUGUGUGGGCAGGACUUCCCCAUCAAAACCAACCUGGAGAUAGUGCGUGCCCUUAAAGCACUAGCUGGUGCCAAUAGCCUGGAGACUGAGAUCACACCUCCUAAUAAGGAGUACAGAUGGAAAAAAAGAUACCAAGUGAUAAAUGGCAGAAUCCAGAUGACCUACCAAGACAAAGUUCCGCCACCCUUUGGCAUAAAGAUAUUCUCAGGUGGUGCAUACAUAGUGGUGAGUCGUGAUUUUGUGCGCUAUGUACUUGAGGACCCCAAAGCUCAGGUGUUGAUAUCAUGGUUCAAUGAUACAUACAGCCCUGAUGAAUUUAUUUGGGCUACAAUACAACGCAUCCCUGGUGUCCCAGGGUUUCUCCGUGCACACUCUAAAUAUGACAUCACAGACAUUUAUAGCAUCUCCCGGCUAAUCAAAUGGGCAUUACAUGAGGGGGCAUCCGAUGGAGUGUAUCCUGCCUGUCAGGGUAUUCACAUACGGGGUAUUUGUGUAUAUGGGGUUGGGGACCUGCUGUGGAUACUAGCACAGCACCAUUUAUUUGCUAAUAAGUUCGACACAGAUUUUGACCCAGUUGUCAUUCGAUGUUUAGAGAAGUACCUCAGACACAAAGCGCUAGAAAAGUAUCAUUAAUUGCGUACAUACUAUGUCAUAUUUGGUGGCAGGAUAAAUAGGCACAUUUUGGUUAUCUAGUUAAAAUUUGUUUAUAAAGCCCAAUAUCACAAGCAGGUCUCAAGA